AUUGUUGCUAAAUAUUUGGAUGCGCACGAUUGUAAUGUAAUCAAUACGGUUGACCUAAUUUUUGAGGACGAAGAACAACAGCCUCUUUCUGAAUCGCGUUGUCGCCAACUGCUGCAAAAGUACUUUUUUGAUGAGUGUUCUCAAGAUAUUGUAUCAUAUCGUUUCCUUGAAACAUUUAUUAAUGUUCUUGCAAAUCAGCUGUCUCAAAUGUCAUCUAGCGUGUUUUUUCGUGUGGACACAUUAAAAUGGAUUGAUGCGGACAAAAAUCUCCGGAAAACAUUGUUGGAAACUUUCAUAAAAGUUUCCAAGGAUUUUGCAACUCGUUCGGUGGACUCUAAGGUGGCUCAAUUAAAAAAUUUAACUAAUUUAGAGGAUAUAGCAAUUAGUAAUAAUAUUAGACCAUGGGAGGAUUCGAAUCAUUUAUUGGUAUUUUUCUUGUCACAAUCCACUGGUUCUAUCUGCGCACUUUAUCGUGAUAAGUAUAAGGUUCCGAGAAAUGUCGAAAAUCUGCUGAGAAGUCAGCAUCAUUCAAGAUCUUUUAGGAAUAGGUUCAUAUUGGAUGAUUAUAAUAAAAUGUCUUCUGAAAGCAUUUUAAUGAAGUUAGAAAGCAUGGCAUGCGUGACAUCCGAGAAACGUGAUUAUCCUCUAUAUGCACUUUCUACAGAUAACCUUUUGAAGAUGGCAUUAGUUUUAUUACGAUCAAGGGCAAAUAUACCGGUAGUGGUUUGUGGUGAAGCUGGAUGUGGAAAGACAAGUCUUAUUCAAUUUCUUUCAAUUGCUGUUGGAGUUGAAUUAUUAAUUCUAAAUGUUCAUGCUGGCAUAAGUGUAAGAGAAAUAGUUGGGUUUGUGUCAGAAGCAGAAAAAAUUGCAGUGAAACCUGAUACUCAAGCAGGUCUUUCAAAAAGAUAUGAAGAGAAAAGUCGUCUCGUCUAUCAAGUACGACCACUUCCUGAUCAGAUUUUGGAUUUUGUUUGGGAUUAUGGUGUUUUAAAACCUUCUGAUGAGAAGAUUUAUAUCGAUACAAUGGUCAAAAAAUUUCUUGAAGAUUCACAUAUGGAUGUGAAAACAGAUUUAUUUGUUGAGCUUUUGUUUGAGUCUCAAGAAUUUAUUCGAGAUCGUGAAGGGAUACAUAGUGUCAGUUUACGCGACGUGAAAAGAGCAAUCAUCAUAUUUAAAUUUUUUAGUCAAAGUCUUAAAAAACGUCAAGAAUUAGCUGGUCCUGAAAAAAAUCAAUCCAUUUUAGGAUCAAUUUGGAAAAAUUUUCAAAAAAUUGCAAAAAACAACGCAUUUUAUGGUAAUGAAAGCUUAGGAAAUAUCGAAAUACGUGACCAAUAUCAAACUAGGAUGUGUGGAGUGUUUGGAAGAUUUGGUAUUUCAUUGAGUCAUCAAACUUUUGUGGAAAUCAUUCAAGAAGAACAGAUGGACUUUAUGAAACGUAUGACGAAACCAAAUAUGAUUGCUGAAAAUUUUGCUCUCCUCGAGAAUGUACUCGUUAUGACCGUGUGCAUAUUAACUCGUAUUCCACUAUUUAUAAUUGGAGCACCGGGCGCGUCGAAAUCUUUGGCCAUUCGUAUAGUUAGCCAAAGUCUCCGUGGAGCAGAUUCUGAAGAUCCUUAUUUCAGGACUCUUCCUCAAAUGAGCCCUCAUAAUCCACUAAAAGUUUUACAUUCCAUACUCGAGCCAAACUAUCCUGCUGAACUUCCAGAGUUUUUGAAUCAUGUUAUUAUUGAAUUUCAAAAAAUUGAUUUAAAGCAUUUUGUCAUGAUAAGGCCAGAAUUUAAAAAAAAGGAUCUUAUUGACACAGCAAAACGAAUAUUAGGAGUGAAAGCUGAUCAAACCAAAUUUGAUGCCUUGGCUAAUUCUUAUCUUGUAUAUGAGAAAUCUCAACCUCUUGCUAAUUUUCACGGGCUUCGUGAUUAUUAUUCAUUAGUUAAAAGCCUCGGUAAAGAGAAGUACAUGAAAUACUCGGUUGAGGAACUUAUUAGGGCUAAUUUAGGAGAUAAAAAUGCACGCCAUUUAAUGGUUAUUGGGAAAAGUAAUUCUAUAGUAAAUCUCUUGACAUAUAAAUUGAGAAAAUGGAAUGAAGAAUUAGAGGAUAAAGAUUCUAAAUUUGAUACAAAUUUGGAACCUGUUGUCAUUUACGGCAGUCAAUUUCCUGAUGAUUUCGAUGGAGAUUAUCAAUAUAUCCUCGAUGAAAAAAAAGUCGAUUUUUCAGAUCCACCACUCUUAAAUCGAUUUGAAAAACAAAAUUUGUCUAUUAAUGAUGUCAUGGAUAUUAAUAUGAAAAGAUUGUUCAAAGAGCUUGAAAAAUGGUCUAAUCAAAUAGGAGUAAUUGCUGCAUCAGAAUUUACUGAGAAAGACAUUUUUGUUGGGUUUGAUAAUGAGGAAACAUUGCAGAUGGCACAAUUCCUAUUUGCUACAGAAAAAGUAUCUGGGCUUUCAAUAUUUGGUAAUAAUGCAACAUUUGGUACUUUUUCUUUUUGGAAAUCAGCAUUUAUGGACACAAAGAUAUUAAAUAUUGAUAAGCUUAUCGAACCAAGGCCAGAUGCUUAUCAUGUUCCAAAGAAAAUUGAUGGUUUGAGACUUCCAUUUUCAACGUGCUUUAUAGAAUGGAUUAAUAAAUUUAAAAAUUUAUAUCAAGAUAACGUAAACGCAUUGGAAGAAAAUAUUGAUGAUGAAACUGAUGAACUCCACAUUGAAAAUGAAGAAGACAUCAAUGGGAGUGAUAACGAAAAUACCAAAGAAUAUAAUGAAAUUGUUGAGAUUAAAGAUAUUAAUAGGAGUGAGAAUGAAAUACUUCGUUUUUGGCAGCGUGAAGUUGCAAAGAUAUUAUCUCUAUCUUGCAAAUUAGAAACAUCAUUUGAAAAUCCAUCACUACAGAAACUUAGAGUGUAUAAUGACCUGUCUAAAUCAUUUUCUUUGACACAGCUGCUUGAAAUUAGGCACCUUGAUAUGAACACUGAUGAAGAUAAUAUAUUUUCUGAGCAAUUUAUAAAUCUAGUUUUUGACAAGUUUGAUAAAAUAGAGAAUACAGAAAUUGCUUUAUUGUCAAGACGUUCUUUUAUUUAUAGAUGUUUAGAUAUAAUUCCAUUUGAAUCAUCUAUUCGAUCGCACUUUUACAAAAAAAUAUUUUCUCAAGAACCUUUACCAUUAACCUUCUAUACUAUAUAUUUAAUUUUUGAGGCCGAAAAUAGAGAGCAAGAAGAAUUACUAUUCUUUAAACUUAUUGACAAUUUCGAUGCUCUUAAUAGCACAAAACAAUUACAAGAUAUUGAGAAUACAUUAUCUGAGCGAAAGAAUUCAGCAAUGGCGGCAUUAUGUUGUGAUGUUAUUCAAACACAAUUCUUUAUGAAAUAUAAAUUUGAAGAAUUAUUUAAGUAUUUUCUAAAAGCAAUAAAUAUUUUAAUUGCCAGUAACGCCAAGGCAUUACAAUUAGUUACUGCAAUUGCACUUUUAAAAACAAUCGCAAAUGACCUUUGGAAUCAUACAAGAUCAAUUAAACCGAUUUUAGAAUUUACUUUUGAGGAUGAUGAGAACGAGAAUAACAUUAUUGAGACUUUAAAUCAACGGUUAUUAAUUGAUGAAAUUAAACAGUUCUGUAAUAUGCAUCAACAACUUUUACCAUGGGCUAAAAAUUUGGAAUGGGAUGAUUAUAAUCGACUUGGUUUUAAUCCUUAUUGGUAUCUUGAACAGUUUAAACAUAUUAAUAUAUCAUUUAGAAAAAUGCUUCAAAGUGAUGAAUCAUAUUCAGAAACCAUAUUCAAUUCGUUCAUUGAAAAUGAUGAUAUUGCACAAAAAAUAUCAUUUGCAGGGAUGGUGAUUUCAAACUUUUAUAUUGUAAGAGCAUCACGGAAUCUUAAUCAAGCUGAAAAUAUCUUAAAACAAAAAAUUUUUAGUUGUUUGGAGUCUUCUCAACUUCAACAGCUUCAACAGAAUUAUAAAACAUAUCUUAUCAACUUUAUGUCAAAUUGCGACCAAUUAUACAAACUUAAUCCAAAUGUCGAAAAUACUGAAAUGUUUAUAGCAUCAGUUGUUGCUCAUAUUGUAGCAUUACAUAUUUCAAUUCCUGCGAAUGCAUCUCCUUUGGCUGCAUAUAUGCAAGAAUUGCAUAACUAUAAUGAUACUUAUAUAUUAACCUAUGGCAAAUGUCCUCAAUGUAAGAGCAAAGUUGGUGCAAAAGCAUAUCAUAAACUUGCUGAUGAGAGUAUUUACAUAGACAAUGAUAAGAUAAAACAAAAAAUUGUUGUAAAUGAUAAAAAGGGUUAUAUAGCUGAAGAAAAAUGUAUUGAUAACAAUUAUUAUAGCGUUAGAACAAUGCAUCCAGCAGCUUAUAGGAUUCUUCAUCUAUUCUUACAUUCAAUUAUUGGUCUUCAAGCAAAUUCACCGGCUGCAACUGCAUUUAUAGGUAGUCAAGAUAAUGAUAUUAUUUUAUACUGUAAAAGAAAUAUCGAAAAUGAUUGGAAGGUAUUAAAAAAUAUUUUUGCAUGUGAUGACGAAACUUUGGCGUUAGCUAUUCAUGCAAUUCUUUCGGAAAUGUCACAAGAACCUCAACAAAAUAUAGAAAAAUUUACUACUUCAAUUCAAAGAGAAGCCUGGGAAGAGCAAUUUAAUCAGCAAUAUGUUUUACCAAGAAUUAGGAAUUUUAGGGGAACUGCAAAUGAUUUUCGAAUGAAAAUAGCUAAUUCACAACUAAAA